AGCAAUCCGAACGAGAAACUUCCCACCUCCACGGACAGAGAAUUUUUUCUGGAGAGCUCGUUCCAUUUUGAUGACGCCGAUGAUCGAUCGGAACCUGUGAUCGGACAUCAACUUCCCGAUGGACAAGGAGACCCAGAUUCUCUCCCGCCUCUCUGCCAACCAUCUUCACCUUGCUCAAUUCGAGCCAUUGCGGGCUACUCUUCUCGCUCUCAAGGCCCUUGACCCUGACCUCGCUCUCUCGAUUCUCCGAACCAUCGUCUCUAACGCCGGAAGAUUCGAUGAUGUUCUCUGGUCACCCUCUUGCCCGUCUCCCUCUCUUCUCGCGUUCCUCUCGACGAUCGAGCUCUUGAGAUUCGAUAAUCCUACAUCGCCAUGGGGGUUCGAUUCGGAGACGCUGCGUUUGCGCGCCGAUUUCCUUUUGAUUGUGCAGGUUUUGAUCGACCGGGUGACGGAGAGGGUUGAGAAGGAGAAGGAGGCUGUGUUGGCUAGUGAGAGUGGGGAUGUUGAAGAGAAGGGGAAUGAAGAACUGUUGGAGAGAAGGGAUGAUAUGGUAGAUGGGUAUGGAGAAUUAGGAGAUUGUCUUAGGGUUUUGCACAGGGUUUUGGAAUUAGGUGUUGAGAGAUUGAAGUUUGGUUCUCAUACUAAUGGAAAUAGGAGUAAUGGGAUUGAGGAAGGGGAAAUUUUGUGUUUGAGGAGGAUUGUUUUGGAUUACGCAGAUGUUUUUGAUGCUUUAUGUGGUAAUAUAGAAAGGCAACUUAAGGGCUUGGAGAGAUAUGGCUCCAGUUUGAUGGAAUCAGUUAGAAUAGAAGAGGAGGCAGAUCAGGGAGAAGAAGAAAGAACCGAGAGAAAGGAGGUGAACUGGGCUGGUAUUUCAGAGGAGGAUGACAAUGAGGUGUUUGCUUUGAUACAAAGAAAUAUUCAGUUAGCACAUUUGGAUGCUAUGCAGAAGUGUUUGGAUGAGGCGGACGAGCAUUGUGCUGCUAAUCACAUUCGUUUUCUUCACCUUGAAUACGGAGUAGAAAAAGAGAACUAUCGUGCUAUUCUACAAGUUCUCCUUUCAAGAGUGAUGUCGAAAAGGAAUGGAUUUGGUGACAGCUGGCACAUGGUGCGCCAGAAAUUGCUCUUUAUUUAUAAAGAAGCUCUCUCAUCAAACUGUGAAGAUCUUGUUCAGAUGAUCCAGGGUAUGCAAGACGAUAUCCUGCUUCAAGAUAACCAAAGGCAUCCAUCUUUGGACAAUGAUCAAAUUCUGUCGCCUCUUGAGCGAUUCCAGAGACAUCUUAUAGAAUCGAAAUCUGAGGGAAAUUUAGAAGACAAGGUUUUAAACGUGGCAAUUAGUUCUUGUAUUAGAGACAUGUAUCAUUAUGCUCGUGUUUCUGGUUUGCAUGUGCUUGAGUGUGUGAUGGAUGCUGCUUUAUCUGCCGUGAAGAAAGAGAAACUUCAGGAGGCUAAUGAUGUCCUUUCAUUGUUUCCUCGACUUCGGCCAUUGGUAGCCUCAAUGGGCUGGGAUCUGUUGUCUGGCAAAACAGCUAGCCGGAGAAAAUUGAUGCGACUUCUUUGGACUCGUAACUCCCAAGCUAUUCGUUUAGAAGAGUCUUCUCUUUAUGGAUCCCAAACAGAUGAGAAGUCGUGUGUGGAGCAUCUCUGUGAUACAUUAUGCUAUCAACUGGAUCUUGCAUCCUUUGUUGCUCAUGUCAAUUCUGGUAAAUCAUGGACUCCAAAAUCAUCUUUAUUGAUGUAUGGAAAUGAAUCAUCUGAAAACGAAGAUGCUGAGAUGGACCCAUUUGUUGAAAACUUUGUGUUGGAAAGACUUUCAACACAAAGUCCACUCCGGGUAUUGUUUGACGUCGUUCCAAGCAUAAAGUAUCAAGAUGCAAUUGCAUUGAUUAGCAUGCAACCUAUCGCUUCAACUGCGGAAGCCUGGAGGAGGAUGCAAGAUAUUGAACUGAUGCAUAUGCGUUAUGCAUUGGAGUCUACUGUUCUAGCAUUAGGUGCAACAGAGGAGGCCAUGAAAAAUGAAAGUGAUGCUAGUCAUCGAGUUGUAUUUCACCAUUUAAAAGACCUCACUAACCAUUUGGAGGCCAUUAAAAAUGUUCCACGCAAGAUUUUGAUGGUGAACAUAAUUAUUUCACUUUUACAUAUUGAUGACAUCCCUCUCAGUUCUACUCUAUGUGGCUCGUCAGAAUGCUUUUCUGAAUCAAUUGCUACAUCUGCAUUGGAUGAAGCUGAUGAUACAACAGGAGAAGGGGGGAAGAAAAUUGUUAUAUCAUUCACAGAACAGCUGCUUGAUGUAUUACGUCGUAAUCUUCCGUCAAAUGUAAUUGAACAAGAGUGUCAACUGAAUGGUGAUUUCAGUGCUGACGGAAGACAAGCUUUAGAGUGGAGAGCAACCACUGCUAGGCGUUUUAUUGAAGAUUGUGAGUGGCGGUUAUCUAUUAUGCAACAUCUUCUACCGUUUUCUGAACGCCAGUGGGGCGUGAAGGAGGUGUUGAGUGUUCUAAGGGCAGCCCCUACGAAAUUGCUUAACCUCUGCAUCCAAAGAGCUAAAUAUGACAUUGGAGAGGAGGCAGUUCAUCGGCUUGCUUUAUCGGCAGAGGACAAAGCUACCCUUGAGUUGGCUGAAUGGGUGGAUAAUGCCUUCAAAAAAACUUCGGUAGAAAAUGUGAUGUCUCGUGCUGCUGAUGGAACAUCUGCACUACAAGAACUAGAUUUUUGUUCUCUAUCUUCUCAAUUAAGUCCAUUGGCUGUGAUUCUACUUUGCAUAGAUGUUGCCACAUCCUCUGCCAAGUCUGCAAAAAUUUCCCAACAACUUCUGGAUCAGUCUCAAAUUAUGUUGUCAGAAAUCUAUCCCGGAGGUUCUCCAAAGGCGGGUUUUACUUACUGGGAUCAGGUCCAUGAAGUAGCGAUUAUCUCUGUGUCACGACGGGUCCUUAAAUGUCUCCAUGAGUUUCUAGAACAUGAUAACCCUCCGGUUCUUCAAGCCGUUUUUAGUGGGGAUACCAUCAUUUCGUCUUGCAUGGAGUCACAUAGACCUGGACAAAAAGAUCGUGCUCUAGCAUUGCUGCAGCAAAUGAUCGAUGAUGCUCACAAGGGCAAGCGACAGUUCCUGAGUGGUAAACUUCAUAACCUUGCGAGAGCUAUUGCUGAUGAAAAAACAGAAGUAGACAUACUCAAAGGGGAAGGAUCCAAUGCUGUCAUUGAUAAGGAUAGAGUUCUUGGUCUCGGGUUAAAAUCUAUGAAGCAGAGUUCAUCUGGUUCAGCGACUAGAUAUGUGGAUGGGCAUCCAGGUACUCAUGAAGCAGAAGACAAGGGGAAGAGGUUGUUUGGUCCAUUAAGCAACAAACUGUCUACUUAUCUAUCACAGUUCAUCCUUCAUAUAGCUGCUAUAGGCGACAUAGUAGAUGGGACUGAUUCAACUCAUGAUUUCAACUUUUUCUCCCUUGUUUAUGAGUGGCCUAAAGAUCUACUGACUCGUCUGGUAUUUGAUCGAAGUAGCACAGAUGCAGCUGCAAAAGUUGCUGAGGUGAUGUCUGUAGAUUUUGUCCAUGAAGUUAUAUCUGCUUGUGUUCCACCGGUUUAUCCUCCACGGUCUGGCCAUGGAUGGGCCUGUAUUCCUGUCACUCCAACAACUCCUUAUUCUCCUUCAGAGAGUAAAGUUCUCUCUCCUUCAAAAGAGGUUAAACCCAAUUGCUAUGUUCGUUCCUCAGCAACACCUGGGGUCCCGCUGUACCCCCUCCAAUUGGAUAUUAUCAGACAUCUGGUCAAAAUAUCCCCAGUACGUGCAGUUUUGGCAUCUGUAUUCGGUAGCAGUGUAUUGUACAAUGGUAGUGAUUCUGUCAUAUCCAAUUCUAUGAAUGAUGAAUUUCUAAGCCCUCCUGAUGCAGAUAGGUUGUUUUAUGAGUUUGCUCUUGAUCAGUCUGAGAGGUUUCCCACUUUAAACCGAUGGAUUCAAAUGCAGACCAAUCUCCAUCGAGUUUCUGAAUUUGUUGUGACAGCUACACAGAAAAACGACGACGCACGGAUUAAACCUGAUGAAAGACCAGCAAUAAAGAGGCUUCUCGAAAAUGAUAGUGACUCAGAGUCAGAAGCAGAUGAUUUUUCUCCUAGCAAUAGCUCUCAACCAGCAAUGACAGACAGUGCUCAAGAUGGUGGUGGACUCUUUGACACUGGAAUGGAUAGAAGUGAUCCUACAGUUUUUCUUUCUUUUGAUUGGGAAAAUGAAGUGCCCUAUGAGAAAGCUGUAGACAGAUUGAUAGAUGAAGGGAAACUAAUGGAUGCUUUAGCAAUUUCUGAUCGUUUCUUGCGGAAUGGAGCUUCUGAUCGGUUGCUGCAGCUCCUAAUUGAGCAUGGAGAAGAAAAUCAUUCCAUUUUAGGACAAUCUCAGGGAUAUGGAGGGCAUAAUAUCUGGAGCGAGAGUUGGCAAUAUUGCCUGCGGCUUAAGGAUAAGCAACGAGCAGCAACACUUGCUCUCACGUAUAUGCACAGGUGGGAGCUUGAUGCAGCUUUAAACGUUCUUACCAUGUGUAGUUGUCAUCUUUCUGAAAGUGAUCCAACUAGGCAUGAGGUGUUGCAAAGGAGAAAAGCUCUGCAGAAGUACAGCCACAUAUUAAGUGCAGAUGAUCACCAUAGCAGCUGGCAAGAGGUGGAAGCAGAAUGUAAAGAAGAUCCUGAAGGGUUAGCUCUUAGGUUGGCUGGGAAAGGAGCUGUUUCUGCUGCUCUAGAAGUAGCCGAAAGUGCAGGAUUAUCAAUAGAUCUUAGAAGAGAAUUACAAGGACGGCAGCUUGUAAAGCUUCUGACCACUGAUCCUCUCAAUGGUGGUGGUCCUGCUGAAGCUUCCCGAUUUCUUUCUUCGUUACAAGAUUCGGCUGAUGCCCUGCCUGUGGUUAUCGGUGCAAUGCAGUUAUUACCUGACCUAUAUUCGAAGCAGCUUCUCGUGCACUUCUUCCUGAAGCGAAGAGACAACAAUCUAUCAGAUUUGGAAGUUUCUCGGCUUAAUUCCUGGGCUUUAGGUCUGAAAGUGUUAGCUGCAUUGCCACUUCCUUGGCAACAGAGAUGUUCUUCGCUUCAUGAGCAUCCCCAUUUAAUAUUAGAAGUUCUGCUGAUGAGGAAGCAAUUACAAUAUGCUUCACAGAUACUCAAAGAAUUUCCAGCAUUGAGAGAUAAUAAUGUAAUCAUGGCUUAUGCUGCAAAGGCAAUAUCUGUCACAAUUAGCCCACCCUUAAGAGAACAUCGGAUAUCUGUGUCGGGAUCAAGACUAAGACAGAAACCAAGAGCAGGGCCUACUGUAAAGUCAUCCUUCACGAGUAGCUUAAGCAACUUGCAGAAAGAGGCUCGAAGAGCAUUUUCUUGGGCUCCACGUAAUACUGAAAAUAGGACUGCUCCCAAGGAUGUUUAUCGCAAAAGAAAAAAUUCUGGACUGGCAGCGCCUGAAAGAGCUGCAUGGGAGGCGAUGACAGGAAUUCAAGAGGAUCGUGUCUCAUCAUAUUCUCUAGAUGGGCAAGAUAGGCUACCUUCUGUCUCCAUUGCUGAGGAAUGGAUGCUAAGUGGUGAUACAAGUAAGGAUGAAGCUGUUCGUGCAUCUCAUAAAUAUGAAAGCACCCCGGAUAUUAUUCUCUUCAAGGCUUUGCUCUCGCUGUGUUCAGAUGAGUUGGUAUCAGCAAAAGGUGCAUUGGAGUUAUGUACUAACCAAAUGAAGAACGUGUUAAGCUCCAAGCAGUUGCCCGAGAGCGCAUCUGUGGAAACAAUUGGCCGAGCAUAUCAUGCCACUGAAACAUUUGUGCAGGGCUUAUCUUAUGCUAAAACAUUGCUGAGAAAGCUUGUUGGUGCCACUGACUCGGCCAGUAACUACACUGAAAGAAGUAGAGAUGUUGAUGAUGUAUCUUCUGAUGCUGGCAGCUCUAGUGUUGGCAGUCAAUCGAUGGAUGAACCAUCAGAAGUCCUUUCACAAGCCGAUGUUUGGCUAGGGCGUGCAGAAUUGCUGCAGAGUCUCUUAGGGUCAGGAAUCGCUGCUUCUCUUGAUGACAUUGCUGAUAAAGAGUCGUCUGCUCGUUUGAGAGACAGAUUAAUUUCUGAUGAACGGUAUAGCAUGGCAGUGUACAUGUGCAAAAAGUGCAAGAUUGAUGUUUUUCCUGUCUGGAAAGAAUGGGGUCUUGCUUUGUUAAGGAUGGAACGAUAUGCUCAAGCUCGUGUAAAGUUCAAGCAAGCCUUUCAAUUAAUAAAGGGUGAGGGAGUUCCUGAAGUCAUUCAGGAGAUAAUAAAUACACUCGAAGGAGGCCCACCCGUGGAUGUGUCAGCUGUGCGUUCCAUGUAUGAUCAUUUGGCUAAGAGUGCACCAACAAUUUUGGACGAUUCUCUAUCUGCAGACUCAUAUCUUAAUGUUCUGCAUAUGCCAUCUACUUUCCCGCGUUCUGAGAGGUCCCGGAGAUCUCAGGAAUUGGAAAAGGGUAAUCCUUUGUCUGGAUCAGAAUUCGAAGAUGGGCCCCGGAGCAACUUGGAUAGUACUCGCUACUCUGAGUGUGUCAAUUAUUUGCAAGAACAUGCUCGCCAGAAUUUGCUUGGUUUUAUGUUUAGAAAUGGACACUAUAAGGAUGCAUGCAUGUUAUUCUUUCCUCCUAAUGCUGUUCCUCCACCUACUCAACCUUCAUCCAUGGGCUCAGUGAGCUCAUCUUCAUCACCUCAAAGACCAGAUCCGUUGGCAACUGAGUAUGGGACCGUUGAAAGUUUAUGCGAGUUUUGUGUCGGUUAUGAUGCUAUUUCAGCCCUUGAGGAAGUAACUACAGAAAGAAUUGCAUCUUCAAAGCAACAUGAUCAAGCAGUUAAUCAGUACAUAGCUGCAGCUCUGACACGCAUCUGUACUUUCUUUGAGGCCCACCGCCAUUUCAAUUACCUAUACAAGUUUCUGGUAAUCAAGAAGGAUCAUGUCACUGCAGGGCUCUGUUGUAUUCAGCUUUUCAUGAAUUCUUCCACACAGGAGGAAGCUGUUAAACAUCUAGAGCAUGCAAUGGCGCACUUUGAUGAUGCAUUGACAGCACGGCAUAGGGGUUCAAAUUCGACAAAGCUUGUGACAAAGAGUGUUAGAGGGAAAAGUGCCUCUGAGAAGCUGAGUGAGGAAGGUCUUGUUAAGCUAUCUUCUCGGGUAAAAAUGCAGAUUGAUGUGGUGAAGUCCUUCAGUGACUCAGAAGGAGCACCGUGGAAGCAUUCUCUGUUUGGAAACCCAAAUGAUCCGGAGACAUCCAGGAGAAGAUGUGAGAUCGUGGAGACCCUCGUCGAGAAAAACUUUGACUUGGCUUUCCAGGUUAUCUAUGAAUUUAAUCUCUCAGCUGUUGAUAUAUAUGCUGGUGUCGCUGCUUCACUAGCUGAAAGGAAGAAAGGCAGUCAGUUGACAGAACUUUUCAAAAACAUUAAGGGGACAAUCAAUGAUGAUGACUGGGACCAGGUCCUGGGUGCUGCAAUCAAUGUAUAUGCCAACAAGCACAAAGAGCGGCCUGACCGUCUCAUUGACAUGUUAAAGAGCUGCCAUAGAAAGGUGCUGGCUUGUGUAGUGUGUGGACGCCUAAAAAGCGCUUUCCAGAUCGCGUCGAGAAGCGGAAGUGUGGCUGAUGUUCAAUACGUAGCUCAUCAAGCCCUACACGCCAAUUCACUCACUGUUCUCGACAUGUGCAAGCAAUGGCUCUCCCAGAACAUGUAAAAGCUCAUCUCUCGAGAGAAGACAGACCUCGGCGUUAUAUCUCUCUCUUCCUCCGACUGGGUUUCUAGUCAUUUAGCUGCCUCGUUGCCUUACCAAUGUGAGAGAAAAGCCUACAAGUUAAAGUUCGGGUGUGCAAUCCUCUCUCUCUCUCUCUGUGUAACCGAGCUCGCUUAUUUUAACAGAGCUCUGGGGCAAUAUUGGCUUUGUAUAUUUACUGACAGAGAAGAAGGGAAGAGACACAGUUAUGGAUGGUAUUUGGUGUUUUCCAUCUUACAUUUUGUUGGGUUCAUAUCAAACGGUCCGUGUGAGAGUUCAAAGAGAAACGAAGGAUGGCUUUGUUUGUACUGUCA